AUGAUGGAGCUAGAAACUUUUCAUUAUUUAAAGGGUAAAAGUUGGUGGCCAAAGGUUUUGUGGUCGAGCGACAUAGCUGUAACUUCUCAAAUGAGAGGUCUCAGCUCAAGUGGCAAGUUCCCUCUCUUUGUAGGGAAAAAUUCCACAAGUGAAGAUUCCCUCCGGGAGGAAGACCAGAACAUAAUUUUUGCCGCGGCGGCCCUGGGCGUCCUGCUCGGCAGAAUCAACUACGUCUACACCUAUGGUGUCGUGAAGCUCCCAGUCUCCACAUCCUCUCUCAUCGUCGCCUCCCAGCUUGUAUUCACCGCCGACGCCGCGUUCGUCCUGGUGAAGCAACGAUUCAUGGUGAACGCGGUGGUGCUGUUGACCAUCGGAGCCGAGGUGCUGGUUGUGGGGUCUAGCGGAGACCGCCCUGCCGGGGAGUCAAAAAAGGAGUACGUGGCAGAGUUUCUGAUGGCCCUUGCGGCGGCUUCUAAUGACCUCACACUUUAG